GCGAAAGAGUGGCUUCUGCUACGGCGAACCGCCCACGCUUAGAGCGCCUCUGGCCACAAGGUGUGAUUAGGCGUUUUGCACACAGUAUUACCUUUGGAAGAACUGGUACUGAUGCUUACAGGUCAUCCGCCUCACCGGUAGUCGGAUGGAGUGAUGGGGUCAAUCUGAGCUUCCACUUGGGUCAGGCCCAAUAGAUCCUGGCACUUAAUGGGCCAUCAUGUGCUAUAACCGUUACUGAAAACACAAAUGAACAGCCAGACCUGGGCAUCAUGAUCUCAAUGAUUACGGAACAAUUGCAGAAACAAAGUCUGGAGGAUCUAAAAUGCAAGUCUUUCAGUAUAAGUCUGCCAUUGCCUGAUCAUCCAGAUCCUGAAGGGUGCAGCAGCCCUUACCACUUUGUGUCAGAAGAUCGUUCUUGGGGACUUAUUAGUCAUUGUCCAAGAAUUGAACUUGAAGACGGAAUCCGACUUGGUUGCCAUCACCAUUCCAGUUCGAGCCUUCAUUUUCCUGUUUUAAGCAGGGAAAGCUCACCACACCGUAGAAGCCCUUCCCACAUACCUGAGGCUGGGAAUUCAGUGGCUCCUCCAGCUCCACCUACCAAAAGACACUGCAGAUCCCUUUCAGUGCCAGAGGACUUAUCUCGCUGGAGGCCUAUUUGGCGGCCUAGUGGCUCUAAAGUGUGGACUCCUGUGAAGAGGAGAUGUAACAGUGGUGGUGUAGGAGCAGUUCUGGCAGUGCAGACUCAAAGCCCAUCCCAAGGGGUCUCCAGUCUCAGGUUUCAAAAUGACCCCAGUGCCUCUAUACGCUGCAUCCAAGCCAACAGUCCCCCCUUCUUCAGCCUGGCAUUGUGCCGAGAGUCACCAGGCCCAUAUACACUUUCACCAACCAGUGUAUUCUGGGAGAACUCAGAAGGGCCAAGCUGCUUCCCAUUGCAGCGUCGGUUUUCACUUUCACCUGUACUCAUUAAAGAGGCAGGACGGUUCCUUCCUUCAACCAGCAGCUCUCCGCCAUCAACGCCGGAGUUGGUCCGACGGCAACAGUGUCUCCCACGCAGCCAGUCGCAACCUUGUGACUUGGAUACCAGAAAGUGUGGAAUUAAAAGGAGGCAUGAGGAGGAUACGCGAUGGCAUCGUCCUUCUUUGGAUUUCUACAAGAUGAACCAGAAUGCUGGUGCUAUGUGUUUUUUGGACAACUCAGAUGAAGGCAGCUCCUCUUCCCUUAUGGCUUGUCACAGGGAGUCUCCUUGCACUUCUGGCAGUCCUGUUACUACAUGCACACUGGCACUUAGAGAAGAAGAGAGAGGCCGGAGAGAUCACACUUCCUGUCCCCAGGCAAUGCUCUUCCAGCAUGACUUCGCAGACCUGGAUUUAAAUUUAAUUGAGGAGAAUUAGCACUCUCAGGAAACUUCAAUCUUUAAAUGGAUAUCUAAUGCUAAAGGGGAUGUCUGGGUGAGAGUGUUUGGAUGCCUGCUGGUGGCCAACUCUGAGACCUGCUCAAAGAGCAUUCUGCAGACCUUCUGACCUUCAUGACAGAUAGGAAUUUUGUUGGGGAGGAGGGUAAAAAAAAAGCUGUGUUUUAUUUAUUUAUUUUUUCUUAAAGAAAAUCCUGGGGCUGGGUCAUGUGUACCAUGAAGUACAUUUCUCCUUUCCCUAGACUAAGAGUUGGAGCUGACAACCACCUCUUUAAUGAGUUAUAGAACUUUACACAAAGGGUGCUGUGGGAUUGAUUUAUUUUUGUAUUGAUGGCUUUUGGAAAGAUGUGCUGACCUGACCUUAUGGGAUGGGGGUUCACAUGCAAUUGUUUGCUUGUGAGUAUGUCUUCUUAUUUUAGAAAUGUGACUAUUGAGGGAAAAUGUAAACAAACUAGGAAAUGUGUUUUUUUGUGCACAAAGCUGAUGCUUUAUAUUCAGAACAAGGCCCCUCGACAAAUUAGUAACAAACAGCAUUGGAUCCUAACCAGUGUUCUACAGAAAAUCCAAAUAAUCACCAACUAAUUCUGAUUCCAGAGCAAAAAACUUUCUCUUGUUGUAGGAUUGUGUGGCUUAUUCCUCCUCCUCCCCCACUUAGUGGCCAGUGAAAAGGGGGAUUCUCAGUCCUCCUUAUUGUCUCCUUUGUCUGUGUAUUCACUAGAGUCCUGUAUAGAGUAGAUAAUUUUGACUGCACUGAAUUUCACAGUAAAGUAUUCCACAUCUUUUAAAUCCAACCCUUCUUUCUUUCAACUUUUCUUUUCUGUUUGUUUCUCAGGAACAAGUCUGUGUUGUGUAUAUUAAAGCACCAGUAACACCAAAAAAGUUAAUGUAUGAAUUUCUAUAUAAUGUACUGUUAGUCUGCACUAAUUAAAACUGUGUAUUUGCUUCACAAGCACUACUACAGUUUAUCAAAUUAUAAGCUACUAUGUAGCCAUGGGGGCAUCCAUGCAAGUAGAAAGAGGUCUAUAGGGCACGCAUUCACAUAGUAGAUAACAAAUAAACUGUGUAGAAUACAAUAGUUACAACCACAUUGGGCUGAUUCUCAGCCUGCAGAAAAAUACAGACCAAUAAUCAGCCCCUACGCUGGCAUCAACCUUCUAUCUUGACUGCACCCAAAACCAAUGCAUUGGCCCAGGUACAGACAUAAGCAGUGGAUACCACUACUGAAACGCAAGAGUUUGCAUUUCAGAGCCCAUAUUCUCUGUAUAUUCGUGCACCCAGGCCAAUACAAUGGAUCAGGUGCAGGCACAUCAGUAAGAUUUUUAGAACAUAGGGGCAGAUAAUUGGCCUGCAUUUAUCCCCAUAAAAAUCCGCUCCGUGUGGCAUAAACCUAAUGCUAAUGUCACACACUGCAGAUACAAAUACUGCCUGUGCAGACUGCCAUUAACUUUAAGGGAAAUCACUUGUCCCGGUGCAUACUGCCGGAAAAUGAAUGCUUGGGUGUUCUCUGUGGUGACAGGAGAUUGCUAUUAAAAUCAAUGGCAGACUAAGCAGGCAGUAUUGGGCAAGAACUGCCAUGUGGAAAAGGGAAACAAGUGUUAAGUGCCAUUCAUGGCUUACUACAAAACUAUAGAAUGAGAACUUCUUUCACAGAAAUUAGUUUUUUUGUGAAUAAUUAAGUGCUAGAUGAGCAGACACAAAUUUAAAAAGUGAAAAAAUAACUUUAUGGGGUUACUGGUCCUUUAAAUACAGGCUGUAUGCUGCUGGAGGUGCCACAAAGGCAUUGUGAUUAAGUUGUUGUCGGAAUCCAAGGCAGGGAAAAGAAGGCAGCCUAAAUAUUUAAGGUUUUUAAGUACUAAAAUGUAACCAGUGCAUCAAAGCCAUGAAAACAAUUAACAGGGGCUAGUUCUUAAUGUUCUGCUUUUAAAAGAUAAUUGGUUUGUCAUUAAUUUACCAAGUGAUCAUUUCUGUUCAAUAUCUGUACGUUUAUAUAUUUUAAAUUUAUAAGUCUAGUAAGGCUAAUGUGGUGUUUUCACUGCAGAGAAAACGCCACAUCCAUCAAAUUCCACAACUAAGAAUUUUCUGGCUGAAAUUCACCUUGUGUAACCAUUGACAGGUGGAUGCCGUUCAUGUUACUGACUAAAAGUACAGGAAUAAAGGGCAGUUUGGACAUUUUCUCAGCCAGCAAAGAACUCUACAAAUGUGACCUUGAUUUUAACUAGUCUUUAAUUUAUAUAGGAAAAGAAGGAGUAGUAGAUGUGGCAAAACAUGUUCUUCUUCAAGAGCAGAUGUCUAACUGCUUAUUUAACUCUACCAUAAUUCUAUUUUGGUCUGUUGCCAUAUUACAAAUAUGCACAUUUGAAAUACCGAUGUUUUAUGACAGUGAUAAUGAUAGAGGUAACAAACUGCCAGAAUACACACAUACUGAAACAGCAACAUAAACUCAUAAGUCUUAUGCAGAGCUACCUAAUAAUCCCAAAUAAUAUUUUUAGUUAUACCAUAGUCAGAUACUAUUUAAUAAGAGGAGAGGGUUAAUCACAGGGUGGUUUAAAAUGUUAUGCACCCCCUCAGAUUGCAAUCACUUACCUGAAACUCAGUGCCAGUGCUCCUGUUAGCAGAAAACUGUACCAGCCUGAAGUACUUUACAAUGAGCACCAUGUAGAGAUCCUCUUCUGCAUCGCUCCUGGGCAGAGGCAUGCGUGGUAGAGUGAAAUAACCAACUUUUUUGUUAACAUAAGGUUUUUCACUCUACUACACAUGUGCACCCUCAUAGAAAGAAGAAGCAGGACACGUUGUGGGCUUGCUGAAUAAUACCCCAGGCCCCGGUUAUCAGGAAAGUGAUUAUAAUCACUGGAGGGUGCCUAACAUUUGGCAUCCCCAAGUGACUAACAACCUCCUCCUUUAGCUUUACCAGCCCCAUCAUGGCAAAUAUCUUUGACAACUCCUAACCACAACAUGUCACAUGGAGUUAUGCAAGCUUUCUUUGUAAGCAAGAGGCAGCUUAAAUACCGUAAUUCAUAUCAUAUGGGUAGGAUGCUAGAAGCCACAGUUAGCCACGGGUUAGACAGCCUUCAAAACUAAUAGUGGUGUUCCAUAUAAUACGGAAUCUGGUUUAAAAAAAAAAACUCUUUAAAGUUUGAGUAGUGUCCUUCACAGGUCCUGUUUCUGUUGAUAUGGUGCAGCAGUCAUUCACAUGACUGGUGCUUUUAGGCCUAAAAAGGAGUAAGUGUGUGUUUAUAGGCCUGGCAUUGACAGGCGUUGACAGUUAUUUUCCAUUCAGGAGAAAAUCUAACAGGCAGUCACUAUUGCAUCUGUAUGAAACACUGUAUGGAGGAGCACAGAACAUUCAUCUUAAACAGUUGAAAGUGGAGAAAUAAUGUGUGUUUCAUUGACCUUACUGAGCAGUUUGUAUCCCUUAGGUGAGAGUACUAUAGCCAUUAACAUAAGUGCUUCUUAAACAGGUCAACUAUAACCACCACCUGUCUGAUAUAUUGAACUGCAUCAAGGAGUGUCUAUUGGUCAGCGUGGGAUUGCAGUAAUGUAGAAGUAGUAUCGUCUGCACAAUUAAUUGCAGUUACUUUGGGAGUGGCGCAAGAGCCCCCUGGAUACCUGUCGUGUUAUCACUACUUUUCCUUCACACUAUGUGGCCAAAAUAAAUGGGUGAAAUACCUUACAGUUACCAGUGUGUGUGGCUCCUAAUUUGUUUUGAACUCAGUGUGGGAAUGUACAUGCAACAGGGGGUUAAAUACAAAACUAUUUUGGUUGUGUUGGACUUUUAGUGAAAUGUUGGACGUUUAGCACACUCUAAAUUUUUGUUGCCAGUCUUUUUACACACACAUAUAUAUAUAUAUAUAUAUAUAUAUAUAUAUAUAUAUAUAUAUAUAUAUAUAUAUAUAUAUAUUUCUCUGCUAAUCUUUUGAAAUUAAUUAGCAGUGUAAAAGUCAAUUGAUUUAAACUGGUGCUCAUCCAAUCAGACUCUUUCCUAGGGAGCUUCAUCUUUUGCUGGUUUUGUUAGAAAUAUAUGUUCUGCUUAAUUUUAACCAACAUCUUUUUCCUUCAUAACAUAUUCAAUGAUGCUUAAUUUAAGUACAGCCCAAUUAAUUAGUUUUAAAUGAAAUAUUGUUGUUGAUUGGGGACUGCUGCUGUUGCAGCUCAAUGCCUAUUGGAUCAAAGCAUUGCAAUGCCAUGGCACUUAAAUCAGUUAGGAAAAUAGUGGAUUUGUUUAAAAAAAACUUUGAUGAUAGGAAUUUAUUUAUUAAAUUCAUUUUUGGUGUGGCAUAGAACCUUUUCCUCUUUAUAUAUGUAUCUUAAGUGUGUGCUGAAAGUAGAUCAUUUCUGAAAGUGAAUAACCUUCACUAACUCCCUUAAAGUUGAUUAUUCAGUUAGGCUGCCAACAGCUCCUAAGCACUGAUGCUCUAUUAGGCUUCUUGAGGGCAAUGCUUGUUCAAAAUAUGAUCCCAAUUCCUUACCGUUCACUGACUUAGGUAUUGAUUGGUUUUGUUGAUGUUUGUAUAUGGAGGUUCCCUGUUAAGUGUGAAGUUUUUUAGCUCCUUCUUUAUUAUAUGUUAUGGCAUUUCUGCUUGUAAAAACCCUUCACUACCCAAACAUUUUCUUUCAGGCUACCUGAGUCAACAAAUGUUUCUAUCUCUGAUGUGUUAAGCUCUGGUGAGGAGCUAACUUCUCUUUGGUGGUUGUUGUAGUGGACAGGAGGUUGUGCCAGUAAGGUGAGUAACUGUGACAUCCCUGCUUAAAUUGUGGGGGCUCCCAGCUCAGUGUAUAGAGAUACAGUCUGUUAUCUGAUCGACAGAUAUCCUCUUCUGAUCAUUAGAAAGGAAUGCACAUCAGCAUUGUUUCAAUGACAACUGUUGCUGUGUAAAUACCACCUGCAAAGUCCUCACCAAAAUAUUCUCUGUAGAUGUCAAAAUGAAGCCUGAGGAUGACCCCAAAAGGCCCCUCUGUUUGUUUAUUUAUUGGCAUUAAGUUAGUUACCUCUGCUGUCAACAGGUUUCAUUGGCCAGCAUCUAAUUUUUUGCUGUUACAGCUGAAAUGCCUCAUUUUCCUUAUAGCAGAGAUCAGUAUAUUUAGUUCCAAUACCUUAGACCACUCUCUUCUGCAUCCUGUUUCCAAAAAAAAUAAAUAAAUCACAAACUCUUGCAUUGUUCUUAUGAAUACAAACAAAACUAUGAAUUGAUGUUUAGAUUGGUGCAGCAUGUUGAGGCAGUGGAGGUCCUCCGACUGUUUUGCUUGCUAAGAAAUAAUACAAAAUAAAACCACCUUUUAAAGUAGGGUCCACACAAUGCUUUCCAAAUGCAGUGAUUUAGGAGCUGCCAAACUGUAACUCUUCAUUAAGCAGUGACUGUUUUGGUGAGUGGUUCUGGAGCGUGUUAUGUAUAUUUUUUUAUGUAUUAAAUAUGCAUAUGGCUCUAUUUUGCAAGACAGAACAUAGAUUGUUAUACCCAUUAGAGUUAAUUUCUUGUCCCUUCUUCUUUGUGAUGUUUCGGUUCUUUAUUUUGUUUUUGUACAUAUCAUUGGUACAAGCUUUUGUUCCAUUGUUUUGAGCUCAUCCUCUGUGAGGUUUGGGUAUUAUCUGCUUGGAAAAUGUAAUGAAUUUUGUUAUUAUUUUUUUAACUUAAACUGUGCUCAAAUCAUUUUGGAAAUAACACACACCUUUUGGUAAUUUCUUUUUCAUUCUGUAACUUAUGUUGAUUUGUAGCAUUGUUCAGGAGGUGACGUUUGCGUAGUACUUUGACUUUUUUAUGUCUCGGCUGCAUUUCAGUUGUUUGCCCCCAAAGUCCUUUUUUGCAUGUCAGGACAGCAUACUAUUUUUCAGUGUCCUGUUGUCCUUAUCUUUGAAUCCACUACCUUCAGAGCUAUUUAAGGUUACUCAUGCAAAAUAAUAUAUAUCCCUUACAGGCUAAAGAAACACUUGCCAAAGCACCUUCUCAUCAAUCUGUAUGCUGGAGUAUAUUAAAGACCUGUGCUAAAGAUUUAGCUUUACUAAGGAAGUAUCAAAUGGCUAAUUUUUUGUGUGUGUGCAUGUUUUUUAAAUCCAUGGAGAAUUUUAAGCAUACAGUGGACCCCUAUACAUGUAUGAACCUAUUACUUAAUAGCUACUUAGUCAGGUUUUAGAAUUUAAGGAUUUGCCGGAUUAAUGACAGGGCCAAUUUAUUUAAGUGUAAAAUCAGAGCUCACUCCAGAAAAGCUCAACCACUUUUCUGUUCAUUUCUAUGGGAUUUUUAGAAGCGUGUUUAUCAAAUGGUAAACUCAAACUUCACCUACUGAUAAAUAUGUUUCUAAAAAUCCCAUAGGGAUGAAUAUAAAUUGGGUGAUUUCUUUUUGUUAGUAAGCUGUUAUCGCACAUUUUGAAAAAUCUGCCCCUAAGUGUGACAUAGUUGUUGGUGGUCCUAUUCUAUUUCACAUGUAUUGUCAUAAUGUUAGUGAUACACUACAUCAAGGAUAGGGGCAGACCUUUGACUUCCCACCCCUUCCAGCAGAGUGACUUUGGCAACAGUGAUUGGCUGAAGGAUGCUUCUUCCCACACUAAAUUGAUGUUACUUUUGAAACCUAAUAUUUGGUUAUUCAGGCCUAGAGUGACAGAACCAAGGCAUAUUCUUGGGCAGACAUAUUCAUGCUAAAUUACAAACAACAUGCUGCUUCAUUUGUAAAUUAAUGCCUAGAUGCUUUAUUUUUCUGGAGACCAUUGGUUAUCCUACACAAUAAUAUAAAAAGACCACUAGAAUGUCUCAGUUUUUAUGGCACUUGCACCUGAAUUGUUAUUUUUGACUAGGAAAUGAAAAAAAAUCAUAAUGACCACUGAGAAGUUAUAUUUUAGGGUUUAGAAAAAAAAUGCAGACAUGCACCUGCUUCAACAGGUGUAAUUUGACAGCAUCACAUAAUUUGCAUUGUGGGACCAACAGGAAUUAGGGGAUAAGAGGUAAUAGUACUUUUAACCAAAGGUUUCUUUUUCACUUAAUGGCUCAGAUGCAAAGUGUGUUUCCCUCUUGAUGGGUAAUCAACCCCUACUGGUAUGUUUGAACUUACAUUAGUGUUUUUUUUUCUUAAAGGUAGAGUGAUGUGUUACUAGCAGUGAUAGAAAAUGUGUCAUUACUGUCAAAACAUGUUGGAGAAUUGUUUCCUCAUCAAUGUGUCAUUCCACCAGAAUUGUUGGUUGCUUGGGAAGACACCAUCCUCAUAUAGGCUGGAGUAUACAUAUAAACAGUACUCUAGAGCAUGAGAGCAUUGCACCUCACAUAAACCCUGGGUUUUCUAAAGAAAGCAAAAUGCUGCCUUGCAGAUUUUAAAUGAUACUGCUACCAGUUUACUUACCGCAAGUGCAGUGCUCAAAGUGCAUUUUUCAAGCAACAGUGUGGUCGCCAGGGAAUGUAUUGCCUGCUACGAUCGCAGCCAAUGCAUCAAAAUUGACACAAGACUAAAUGCCAGUAUUGAAAGCAAACUGUAAUGUAAAGAUAUAGAAAUAUGUAGUAAACAAAUGUUUUGUGCAUAUAGAAAGCCCAAUCUUAAAAAGGAGUGUUUUCUUGAAUAUCAAAAUUUGAUUUGGAAGUUAAAAUGUAUUAAGUUAUUAUUCAGGAGUUUUGAGUAUUCAGCAUUAGAAAUCAUUCCUCAGAUUAUUCCUGCAUAAGGAUAUGUUUUUACACAAUGCUUUCCAUCCAGAAAUAUAUUUAGGGUACUUGCCAAAGGGGUUGUUAAACUGUGGCGAUAUUCUUUUUGGUGAAACAGGUGCCGAUUGCUUUUUUGUUGUCAGUAUUGGCCUCAUGGCACACAUGAAAAAGUGUGUAUUUUAAAAUGCAGAGUGCUAUUCUCUGAUAUGAGACUCUUUUGUGAGCUUUAAAAUGAAUAUUUCCCGGUGCCAAUGGCUGCAGGCCUUUAGUGCAGGGACAUGCUGUUGAUUUGAGCUCAGAGGACAGCUGUAUGUUGGCUGGAAAAUGAACUUGACUAUGAUUAUGUUUUACUAAUAAUCAAAUGUUCUCCUGGUAAUUAAAUGUAAUUCCUCUCACAAACACAUUACACAUAUUCACCACAAUGUUUGUAAUGUUCUCUUUAGAGAAAGUGACUUUCAAAGUUUAAUAAAAAUUGGUCUGUGCAGGCAACAAGCUAAAGAAAAUAGGUAUAUCUUGAGCUUUGGAGAAAACAUUUUUUGUCACUUAUUAAAGGAAUAGUAACAAAUGACAUUAAAGUGCUAAAAACUGUUCUUAAGAUGUUCACACUUUAAUUGCAAAGCUACCUUUGGCCCAGGGAUUAAGAGGCCUGUGCUACUCCAAUAAGAAGCCUUAGUGCAUAGGCUACAGUCUGACCCCAGUCAGUCCCUUGCUCCACUAAACCCAGCAUUGCAACAGACUGACUGGUGCCAUACCACAAUGUUUGUAGUAAAGUUUUUUGUUCUGAGAGACACCAUAAAUGAGUUAAUGGAUGCUUGUUCCAUGUGCCAGUAGGUUUCAUGGGCAUCUUUUCAUUGAAAUGUUUUCAUGAAUUAGAAAAAAGUAAACUGCAAAAAUACACAGGGGCUAGCUUUGAGCAGAUGCAACUAAAGUAGAGGGUUACAACCUCCUUUUAUGGUGGAACAGUAAGAAAGAGCCAUUGGAAUCUGAUCUGUAUACUGUAGCCAUCAAUCACAGUGCUAUCUAGUGGUAUAUGUCUAUUUUACCCUUGGAUUAUAUACUCCUAGUCUAAAGCAGUCACUAAUUUGCAGUGAAAAAUAUGUGAGCUUGUUUGUGGGGGGUUUCCAUCUGGAAGAAGGUGCUUUUAAAAUGUGUUGCUUGCUGGAAUGGUUGGCAGCAUGAUGUAGAGUUGCUUGGCCAAAUCCAGUAGGAUCAUUGGAUUGUGGGAAACAUAUUAUACCCAAAUAUAUGAAUUACAGCUGCUUCACUUCUGCAAAGUGUUAUCCUUGGUGAUAGUGUAUUUCAACAUGCCACUAUACUUAAUUCUAAGCCUAAUUUUUGGUCAUCUGUGUUUCAGAUCUGCAAUAAAAUGUUUUGUUGGUCUUUGUGCGGGGCAUCUUUCCCUGUGGUGUGGAGACAUGCCGCGGUUUCUUUCUCUUCUGCUAUAGGUUUAUUUUGGGGAGGGGAAAUGGUUUCAAUGUCAGCCAGGCUACCAAGCAAAUAUUGUCUUUGUGGGACAAAAAAGACAUUCUGCAAAUCGAGCAUUUUUAACAAAUGUUUCUGUAAAAUUAAUGUAUGUGGUUAAAUGACACGUUUCUCAAAUCUUGGACACCUUAAGUGUGUUUACUGGAACAAAAUAAAGUUUUUGGUUUAUAAAAACAAAAAAAAGACAAACUGUCAAUUACUGAUCUAAAAUCAGUCCAAAAUGUUGAUAAAUCUAUCUCCGAUUCUGGUGUGAAAUGGUCUUCUGAAACAAAAUAAAGCAAGCUUCAAAGUGUACUGUUUGGGUGUGUUAGGCACAUUAAUUUUUGGGGUUAUUACAUAUGAAAGUCUAUAUUAACAGCAUCAAAAUAUUUAACUGUCUGUGUAUCAAUUUAUUGGAGUAAUUCAUCAGUCUGUAUUAAUCUGGUUCUUUUUAUUUAUACUCUUGGAAACUACUGCUGAAUCCGCAUUUAAAAGGUAAUUUUAAAACUGAGGUUAUUCAUUCCCAUAAGACUUUAGUAGGGCACCAUCAAAGAAGAAGAAACAAUGUGUGUCUUUAAACCUUGUGUUGCAUUUACUCAUGUUGAACUAAAUAAUAUAUAUUUUAUUUAUGUUCUA